AUGGUUCCAUGUUGCCCGCUGUGCCAGAGGCCCAGAACAUGGAACCGGCUGCUCUGUGACAUCAGCCCAGGGCUGAGGGCACUUCAGGUGCUGCGGGCACUGCGGCUGUGCUGGUGCGCGGAGGCCUCACUUCAGCAGCUGACACGAGACACGGGCAGCGAUGCUGCUGCUCUGCCUCUUCGUCCUGCUGGCCACAUGCCGGCCUGUGCAGGGCAUGUGGAACGCCUGCGAUGCAGAGGGAGCUGUGGGCUCCGGCCCUUGGCUUCUGAUGAUGAGCGAGGCAUGACACGCGUCGUGGGUGGCACAAGCGCCGAGGCAGGGGCCUGGCCCUGGCUUGUCAGCAUCCAGGAUUCCUCGGUUGCAGGCACAGGGCAUCUGUGUGGAGGGUCCCUCAUCAGCGUACAGUGGGUCCUCACAGCAGCCCACUGCUUUGCUGAUUCCAGGAACAUCAGUGCCUUGCGCCUGCUGAUUGGGGCCACCCAGCUGACUGAGCCGGGCCCUGGGGCCGAGGUGCGCACAAUUAAGCGGCUGCUGAUUCACAAGGAAUACGAUUCUGCCGACCAGAGCAAUGACAUCGCGCUGCUGGAACUGAAUGAGCCUGUCCAGUGCAGCCCCUACGUCCAGCUGGUCUGCGUACCCAAUGCUACACUGAGUGUGGCACAGCUGGAAACCUGCUAUGUUGCUGGCUGGGGUGCCACCACUGCAAGAUCUCAAAAAACAAGUGAUGUCCUGCAGGAGGCCAAGGUCCACCUUAUCAGUGUCCAGCUCUGCAACAGCAGCGAGUGGUAUGGGGGGGACGUCCAUACCCACAACUUGUGUGCUGGCUACCCAGAGGGUGGCAUCGACACCUGCCAGGGUGACAGUGGGGGUCCACUCAUGUGCAAAGACAACAGUGCUGACUUCUUCUGGGUUGUUGGAGUGACCAGCUGGGGAAGAGGCUGUGCCAGAGAAAAACGGCCUGGGAUAUAUACUUCUGUUCAGCACUUCUAUAACUGGAUUCUGAUUCAGAUGGAACUGCUUCCACAAGUAGAGUCUUCUCGGGCAUGGAUUCAUUAUACAACUGCCUCACAACCUUGGCAGAAUCCAAGUUCACUACCGACACCAGUGGAAGAGAGUAAGAGCUGUCCAUUUCCACUCAAGAAGUUGAUCGAAUUCUUCACUGGGAUCCGGGACCUCCUGAAGAACCUACAGGUAGUUACAGAUUGA